AUGGCGACCCAAAUCCCUGUGGACCCGACUGUCAGUUCGGCCAACACUCUCAAGCUCGAAAAUACGCAUAACCGAGAUGUCCUCAUUGCGAUCGAGAAGAAAUAUCAGAAAGAAUGGCAGAAGAACAAAGUGUUCGAGUCCGACGCUCCUACAACCGACGAAAUCCCCUUCAACUCGGUCCCCGCCGCCGACAUUCGAGACAAGCACCCCAAGUACUUUGGCACCUUCGCAUACCCAUACAUGAACGGCACAUUACACGCGGGCCACAGUUUCACCAUCAGCAAAGUCGAGUAUACUGCCGGGUUCAACCGGCUCCUCGGGAAGCGUGUGUUGUUCCCUCUAGGAUUCCACUGUACGGGAAUGCCGAUCAAGGCUUGCGCAGACAAACUCGUGGAGGACGUGAAACGAUUCGGCAAGAACUUUGAGAACUACCAUGAAGAGGAUGAGCAAACGACCGCAGAUUCGAAUGGCGUGGCCGUCGCGCCAACACAAGGCGUCAAUGUCAAGGACGACAUCACGAAGUUCAAAAGCAAGAAAGGCAAACAAGCCGCAAAGACGGUCAAAGCCAACUACCAGUUUCAGACAAUGUUGGCCAUGGGGAUCCCCAAGGAGGAAAUCCACAAGUUUGCCGACGCCAACUACUGGCUCGAGUACUUCCCACCUCUGUGUGAACAGGACUUGAUCGACUUCGGAGCCAGGAUAGACUGGAGGAGGAAGUUCGUCACGACCGACGCCAAUCCGUUCUACGACGCCUUCGUGCGAUGGCAAAUGAACCGCUUGCAUGAAAUGAACAAGAUCUUGUAUGGCAAGAGAUACACCAUUUACAGUCCCAAAGAUGGCCAGCCGUGUAUGGACCACGACCGGACCAAGGGUGAGGGAGUCGGUCCGACCGAAUACACCGCCCUGAAAUUAAAGGUCAAGGAGUGGUCGGCCGAGGCUGCGAAGGAGAUCGAAUCGAAGAUCCCGAAGGACGCAAAUGUCUACUUCGUGCCCGCGACCCUGAGGCCAGAAACCAUGUACGGCCAAACGUGCUGUUUUGUCGGUCCGAAGAUCAACUACGGUGUUUUCAAAGUUUCAGACAAGGAAUACUUCGUCGUCACUAAGCGAGCCGCGUGGAACAUGGCUUUCCAGGGCAGAUUCUUCGACGAAGACAACUUUCCCCGCGAUCAGAGCGAGUUGCAGCCCGUGGUGGAAUUGCCUGGGUCGGUGUUCGUGGGCACGUUGGUGGAUGCACCUUUGUCGGUACACACCGAGGGCGUCCGGAUCCUUCCCAUGGAGACGGUCUCUGCGACGAAAGGCACUGGUGUCGUCACUUGCGUGCCGUCGGACAGUCCAGACGACUACGCGACAGUGAGGGAUCUCGCGAAGAAGGCCGAGUUCUACGGGAUCAAGAAGGAAUGGGCGGAGCUAGAGAUCAUCCCUCUGAUUGAGACGCCAGCGUACGGCAAUCUUGCGGCGAAAUUCUUGGUCGAGUCGAAGAAGAUCCAAUCACCCAAAGACACGACUUUGCUGGCCGAAGCCAAGGACCUGGCGUACAAGGAGGGCUUCUACAACGGCACGAUGCUGGUGGGCGAGUUCAAGGGCGAAAAGGUGACGGAAGCCAAGGACAAAGUGCGAAGUGCGCUCAUCAAAUCCGGCGAUGCUUUCCCUUUUGCAGACCCCUCGGCGGAAGUCAUCAGUCGAAGUGCAGACGAGUGUGUAGUGGCCUACGUGCCGCAAUGGUUCCUGAACUACGGCCCCAACGACAAGGAAUGGCAACAGACGGUGCUCAACUACGUCAAAGACGAGAACGGUCUGAAGACAUACACCCAAGAAACCGAGAACCAAUUCGUCGCCAACCUCGAAUGGCUCAAUCAAUGGGCGUGUGCGCGAACGUACGGCCUGGGCUCCAAAUUGCCGUGGGAUCCCAAGUUUUUGGUCGAAAGUCUCAGCGACAGCACCAUCUACAUGUCAUACUACACGAUCGCGCAUUUCCUGCAUGGCGACAAAUUCGGCAAGACGCCCGGCCUGCUCAACAUCACGCCCGACCAGAUGACCGACGACGUGUGGGACUAUGUCUUCACGCGCACCAACGACGUCGAGAGCGUUUCGCAGUCCUCCAAGAUCCCUGUCCAAGACCUCCAGACCAUGCGACGCUCCUUCGAGUACUGGUAUCCUCUCGACCUGCGGUCUUCGGGCAAAGACUUGAUUCCCAACCAUUUGACGUUCUUCCUGUACAUCCAUCUCGCCCUCUUCCCGCGCGAAUACUGGCCCAAGUCGGUCCGGUCGAACGGCCAUCUCUUGCUGAAUGGCGACAAGAUGAGCAAGUCGACCGGCAACUUCUUGACUCUGAGUCAAGCGGUCAAGAAGUUCGGCGCCGAUGCCACGAGGAUAGCGCUCGCCGACGCCGGUGACGGUAUGGAAGAUGCCAACUUCGAGGAGAAGGGCGCCAACGCCGCCAUCAUGCGCAUGUAUACUCUGAAAGAGUGGAUCGAGGAUACCAUGAACGACAAGAAUCUGCGUGACUCCGAGGGCGAGGUCAUUUGGGAUAAGUUGUUUGAUGACGAGAUGAAUAUGUUGGUACAUGAGGCAUACCAGCAUUACUCGGACACAAACUACAAACUGGCCCUGAAAUCCGCUCUCUACGACUUCCAAUCCGCGCGCGACUUCUACCGCGAAGCUUGCAAUUCCAGCGGCACACCCAUGUCGCGCGCCCUGAUCCACCGCUACGUCGAACUACAAGCCCUAUUGAUCGUCACCAUCGCCCCACACUGGGCGGAACACAUCUGGCUGGAAGUGCUGCACAAGCCGCAAUCGAUCCAACUGGCGCGCUGGCCCGAGGUGCCGGCGGCGGACGCCGUGCUCGGCGCGGCGCGCGAAUACGUGCGCGUCACGUCGAGCAACAUCACGUCGGCCGAGGCGCAGGCGGCCAAGAAAAUGGCCAAGGGCAAGACCGCGGCCUUUGACCCGCGCAAGCCGAAACGCAUCACCAUCUUCGUCGCCACCGCGUUCCCGGCGUGGCAGGACAAGUAUGUCGAUCUGGUGCGCCAGGCGUUCGAGAAGUCGUCGCUGCAGGACGACAGGGCGUUGAACGGCCAGGUCGCCAAACUGGGGAUGGGCAAGGGCCAGGAAAUGAAGAAGGCCAUGCCGUUCGUCCAGGCGCUCAAGAAACGCCUCGUCGUCAACCACGAGACUCCGGCGGUCGUGUUUGAGCGGAAACUGCCUUUUGAUGAGGUCGAUAUUCUGAAUCGGAUGAAGAAGGGCCUCAUGAAGACGACUGGUUGUCGGGAGGUUGUUGUGGUUACGGUUACAGAGGAUAAUAAGGCUGGGUUGCCGCCCUUGGCGGAACAGGCUGUGCCGGGGUCGCCGUCGUUUUUGUUUGAGAAUGUAGAAGUUUAG